GUAUUCCAUGGAUUUGAGGAUGUGAAAUGAGUCACACCAUUGAGGCCACCUCAUGGUAUCCUUCGGAAAGAACUGGACUCUACCAAAUUUCAUUUAUGCAGCUUAUUUCAACCUAGCCAGUAGCAACACUGCUUUAGAGGAAAAUGUAUUGUACAAGAAGGAAACGACUGCAGCUGAGCAGGGUUCUUUUUCUCCUCGCUGGGGUUUUCCUCUGUACCCUCUACCAGCUGACCAUCAGUGCCAGACUGUACAAGCCUUUGGCAAUGCCUCAAAUUGCAGAGGAAUUUGGGGAAGGUUCAACAGAGGGGGGUGAGGACCCUACAGUAGAGAUUGGAGGGCUGGAGGAACCUCUCACUGCAGCACAUGAUUUAGAGCCCACUGAUCAAACAACAACUAUAGACAUGUCUGCGGUCCAUCAUACAGAUACAACUUCAGAUUCCGAAGUAUCUACCACUACUGAAUCGCCAAUAUUGCCAGCAACAAAUAGGACUUUUGUGCAUUGCAUCUAUGUGGCCCCUGAACUUCCACAGGAGACCCCCACACCAGCUCCCCCUGCGACCACUGUCCCCCCAGCUUCUCCUGGUGAAGCACCGCAUAUGAAGGGUGAAUACCCUGAAGAUAUCUUUUCAAUCGAAGAUCGUAGACGAGGCUGGGUGAUCCUUCACAUUAUUGGGAUGAUGUACAUGUUUGUGUCACUUGCAAUUGUGUGUGAUGAGUUCUUUGUUCCUGCCCUCGGGGUAAUCACGGACAAGUUGGCAAUCUCUGAUGAUGUGGCUGGAGCCACCUUCAUGGCUGCUGGAGGUUCUGCCCCUGAGCUUUUUACCUCUUUGAUAGGAGUCUUCAUCGCCCACAGCAACAUUGGUAUUGGCACAAUUGUGGGCUCCGCAGUUUUUAACAUUUUGUUUGUGAUUGGAAUGUGCGCUUUGUUUUCUCGGGAGAUUCUUCAUCUUACCUGGUGGCCUCUAUUCAGAGAUGUAUCAUUCUACAUACUUGACCUCAUCUUACUAAUUAUCUUCUUCCUGGAUAAUGUCAUCAUGUGGUGGGAGAGCAUGAUGCUGGUGGCUGGUUACACUCUCUAUGUCAUUUUCAUGAAGUUUAAUGUGCAAUUAGAGCAAGCAUUCAAGACCCAGCUCCACAAACACAAGAGCAUUGUCAAAGUUAUUGCUGUAGAAGAACCAGACAAGACAAAUGGGGACGGUGAGGAUAAUGCACUUCCUGCACCAGAGGACAAGAAUCGGUUAAAGUUGAAGCCAUCCCUUCAGAGAGGGGGGAGUUCUGCUUCUUUACACAACAGCACAAUGAGAAACACCAUCUUCCAACUUAUGAUUCACACAUUAGACCCUAUAGGUAAUGGGAAAUUUAAGGAGAAAGCUGAGAUUUUGAACAAUGUGGCAAGAAGGAAAUCAGACAGCAAAACACAAGAGAAAAAUGAAGAUGGCGGGGGGAAAACUGAGCAGACCAAAGAGCCAGAACCAACCCCAGCUGCAGAAGCAGAAAAGAAGGAGCAUCCAGAGGACAAGAAGGUACUCUCCAACCAUGUCCUGGUGGCUUUCAAAAAGUCCAGAAGUCAGUCUUUGAUACCUGUCUAUGAAGAUGUGCCAGCAAAAGACGAUGGGUCAGGAGACUCUGACGACUCUGAUGAAGAGGAUAGCGAUGAAAGUGAUGAGUCCAGCGAAGAUGAGGAGGAUGAGGAGGAGGAUGAAGAUGAGGAAGAAGAGGAAAAAGAAGAUGACCCUCUGUCUUUAGAAUGGCCCGAUACGCGACGAAAGCAAGCCACCUACCUCUUCCUGUUGCCAAUAGUUUUCCCUCUGUGGCUCACCAUUCCUGAUGUUCGCAACCCGAAAUCUAGAAAAUUCUUUGUGGUCACCUUCCUGGGCUCUAUUCUGUGGAUUGCCAUCUUCUCAUACCUCAUGGUGUGGUGGGCCCAUCAGGUGGGUGAGACUAUCGGCAUCUCAGAGGAGAUCAUGGGCCUGACUAUCCUGGCUGCGGGGACCUCCAUCCCUGACCUCAUUACCAGUGUGAUCGUGGCUCGUAAAGGCCUGGGGGACAUGGCUGUGUCUAGCUCUGUGGGCAGUAACAUCUUUGACAUCACUGUGGGCCUACCAGUCCCUUGGCUCCUGUACUCAGCCAUCCAUAGUUUUGGUCCAGUGGCCGUCAGCAGCAACGGGCUCUUUUGUGCCAUUGUGUUGCUCUUCCUCAUGCUCCUCUUUGUCAUCAUCUCCAUUGCCUCUUGUAAAUGGAAGAUGAAUAAGGUGCUGGGUUUCACCAUGUUUCUCCUCUACUUUAUCUUCUUGGUGCUCAGCGUUAUGCUGGAGGAUCGUAUCAUCAUCUGUCCCGUUUCCAUCUAAUUCUUUCUACUGAACUGUUAACCCGUACAUGUACAGAUCUCAUGAGCAUAGAUCAGGAAAUCUAUAGGAAACAUUCAGAAAGCUACGUGCUCUGCAUUGUUACCAGUUAAAUGUCUGGGAUGUCAGCAACAAUAAAGCAUUUUCUAGAACCUGAUACUCACUUUUAGUAAUGAUGGCAGCUUUUAAAUUUGUUUUUACAGUACAUUAUGAGAUGCAUGACUACUAUCUAAUACAGUGUAGAUUUUACAGUAUAAGACGACUAACUAAUAUUAAUGUUUUUGGGUUUUGUUUUCUUGUUUGUUUUUUUUUUACACAACACUGUCUAUGAAAUGCAAGUAAAAGUCUCGCUUAUGUGCACAUUCUGGAGAAAUUUUGUAAGAUUCAUGAUAGAGACCUUGAUAGAGCUUGCUUUAACUUCUUUUUUUUUUUCAAAAAUCAUCACUCUUUGCACUCAAUCUUGAAAAUAAAUAAAUCAAUCAAACAUGA